CUACAACGAAAAAAUUACUGAAAAUAAAACGGCAAAAUUUUUGAGGCACAUAACACAGUUUUACACCUCUUGGCCUGGUAUAAAAAGCGAAUGUAAGACCUCCAACCACACACAGUCGGUUUAUACGUUUUGUAGUCGAAAGAGCCUUUUUUUAUCUCUUUAUUUUUUUUUUAAUUUGAAAUAAUUUUUGUUUUUGAAGAAAUUUUUAAAUUUCAAAAAAAAACUUUAAAAAUGAACAAGUGUAUGAUUGUUUUUGUUGCCCUCUUUGGAGCCGCUUUGGCCCAAGAUUCAUUUAAAUGUCCUGAUGAUUUUGGAUUUUAUCCACACGAAAAAUCCUGCGACAAAUACUGGAAGUGUGAUAAUAGUGUUGCUGAAUUAAAGACCUGCGGUAAUGGUUUGGCUUUUGAUGCUACCGAUGAGAAAUUCUUGGCUGAGAACUGUGACUAUUUGCACAAUGUUGAUUGCGGCGAUCGUUCACAAUUGGAACCACCAAUUUCCUCUCCUCACUGUUCCCGAUUGUACGGUAUCUUCCCCGAUGAACAAAAAUGUGAUGUCUUCUGGAACUGUUGGAACGGUGAACCCUCAAGAUACCAAUGUUCUCCCGGUCUUGCUUACGAUCGUGAUUCUCGUGUGUGCAUGUGGGCUGAUCAAGUACCAGAAUGCAGAAAUGAAGAAGUUGCCAAUGGAUUCUCUUGCCCUGCUGCUGGUGAAAUCUCAAACUCAGGCUCCUUCUCUCGUCAUGCCCAUCCAGAGGAUUGCCGUAAAUACUACAUCUGUUUAGAUGGUGUUGCCCGUGAAUAUGGUUGCCCAAUUGGUACAGUCUUCAAAAUUGGUGAUGGUGAAGGUACCGGAAACUGUGAAGAUCCCGAAGAUGUUCCCGGAUGUGAAGACUACUACGGUGACUUGGAUUUGAAGAGCAUUCGUAAAAGUGAACUCUUAGCUGGACUUCAUACACCCGAAGCACGUAACAAAGCACCCAAAGUAAAAGCCACUCCUGCCAAGGAAGCGUAAAUGAGAGUGUUUCAACUUUAACAAUAUAAUUUAAACAAAAAAUACUAAAAAACAAAAAAAAAAAUCCACAGAGAUAAAAACAUGAAUCCUUCAUUUUAAUUUUGUUUGUAAUUAUUUUUUUUUUUUUGUUUUAAUUUUUUAUCCAUUUUAAUUUUAUUUAAUUAUUUUUUUUUAUUUUGUUAUAAUUUUAUUUUAAUUUUUGUUUUGUUUUUAUUUUAUUUUUUUCUAAUUUGUUUUUGCCUUAAAUUAAGAAAAAGAAAUAAGUCUUAUUCGAAUCAAAUAUUAUUGUUAAGUAAAAUCAAAAUUUAAAAUAACAAAGCAGGCUAGGAUGGUGUCAAAUAAGGAAACAACAAAUUGACACCAAAUUGUUAAGUUAAACAUAAAAAAAAAAUCAAAAAACAAAACAAAACAAAAAAACAAACAAACAAAUCAUGUUUCUUAUAAAAAUUAAGAAUGUAAAUUUUAAUUUUAUAUAAAUUCUUAUAAAAUGAGAGACUGCUAUUAGAAACACGAAGAUGUAAAUCAGUUUAAUUUUUUUGUUAACUGAUUUAGAAGACCAAGAGAGAAGAUUAACGUUAUGUUAAAAUUAUCGGUUUAACAUAAGGUUUUAAAAAAUGAGAUUACAAAAAAAAAAAACAACAAUUAAAAUCGUUGAGCCACAAAAUAAAAAUAGAUAC